AUGCCUGCCUUCAUCUCCCAAACAUCCUCGCAGGUGUCACUCACCGACAUCAAGCUUGAGUGCGAGUCAGGCUAUGUCUCUGGACAAAACUCAGAAUACUCAUCACCAUCAUCAUCAACCACUCUGCCCCAGGUCUCUCUCACCAAGGCCCACAUCAACCACCUCAACAACAUGCUCGAGGAUAUGCACCCCAUGGACAUCCUCCGAUUCUGCAAGGUCAUGUUCCCUAACCUGUACCAAUCCACUGCUUUUGGCUUGACUGGUCUCGCAACCAUGGACAUGCUCUCCAAGAUCCAGAAGGAGCACCCCAACUCUCCCACUGUCGACCUCAUCUUCCUGGAUACCUUGUACCACUUCAAGGAGACAUACGACCUUGUCGACCGAGUGAAGGAGCGAUACCCCAACGUCCCUGUCCACAUCUUCAAGCCCGAUGGCGUCAACACUACCGAAGAGUUCGAGGACAUGUACGGAAAGGAGAUGUGGAACACCGCCAGUGAGAUGUAUGACUGGAUUGCCAAGGUCGAGCCUCUCCAGCGAGCCUAUGAUGAGCUCAAGGUUGCUGCCGUACUCAACGGUCGUCGACGAUCUCAGGGUGCUGCCCGUGGUUCCAUCCCCAUCAUCGAAGUUGACGAUGAGCGUGGUGUUGUCAAGAUCAACCCUUUGGCCACAUGGUCCUUCAAGCAAGUCAACAACUACAUCAAGGAGAACAAUGUUCCCUACAACGCUCUCCUCGACCAAGGCUACAAGUCCAUCGGCGACUGGCACUCUACUGCCCCCGUCAAGGAGGGUGAAGACGAGCGAGCCGGACGAUGGAAGGGCCAAGACAAGACCGAGUGUGGCAUCCACAACAAGAAGUCUCGAUACGCCGAGUUCGUUGCUAUGAUGGAGCGCAAGCAACAAGAGGAGAAGCUUGCUGCUGCUCUCGAGAAAGUAGCUCUACCCACCGUAUGA